AAAUAUCACGAUAUAUUAUUGAGAUGUGGCUAAAAUAUCACAAGAAAUUGAAUAACAGGGUGGACUUUGCCAAUUUUCAAAAUGAUGAUAGGGUGCAAAACGCCAAGCACUGUUAAUUGUGGGGUGCAAAAUGCAAUUCACCUGGACUAAAUAAAAAAGUCAGAGUGCUAUAGAUGAGAUUAGUCAAUUCAUGCAACUAUAGUAUUAAAUUUAAAAUAGCCCCAAUUUUGCACACACUGCAAUAAUUUCACAAGUGGGUCAAAUAUUUUAGGCAAAUACAGACAUCCAACCUUUGCCCCCUUGUCCGAAUUCUAACUUCUUUAUUUAUUACUUCAUCUCCACCAUUUGAACUCUAGUUCAAACAUUUACAUGAAAUUAAAUGAAAAAAUCAGUUAAUACCGACACUUUCUUGAUAUCUCUAUACCUCUGUUUAUUCUGCGUUAUCCUCUUAUCCAAAAGAUCCCGCGCCGCUCAUUUUCAAUACGAAGCAUGCUUGCCGACAAAUUGCAGCUCCGGCGGCCCGAAUAUAAGCUUCCCGUUUUAUAUACCGGGCCGACAGGAACCCUACUGCGGGUACCCGGGAUUUGAGCUCAACUGUUCGGAAAGUGGAUUUCCUGUUCUUGAGUUGUCGGAAAAUGAGUACGUGGUGGAAGACAUCUUCUACGGAAACCGAUCUCUACAUGUGUAUAAUGCAGCUGUUUCGAGAUCUGGUGGUAGUAGUUGUCUUCCGAGAAUCAGAAACACGACUCUUCCUCCUUCCCAGUUCGGCUACGUCAGCUCCACGUCAUCGCUCCGUUUGUUCUCUAACUGCAGAGAACCGCUGCGUGGCGAACUGUCGAGGUUCGUUGUCGGCUGUGAAGGUUCUGAGGACGAGAAAAUAUGGGAGCUCGCUCUGAAUAAUAACGAUACAGAUGAGAAGAAUCAGAUGAGUAUUGCUAUGGAAGAGUGCGGAGAAAACGUUAUUGCACCUGUGGAAUCAUUUGGGAUCAUUGGAAAUAAUAUUAAUAAUAAUGGAAAAAUGGUGAAUAUUACGGAGAUUUUGAGGAAGGGGUUUUUGAUGAACUGGAUCGCCAGUGACUGCACUACGUGCGAAGAUAGCGGCGGCCGUUGCGGUUUUAAUUCGUCCACUUUCCAUUUUCGGUGCUUUUGUCCCGACAGGCCUCACUCUAGAAGCUGCAAACCUCGUAAGAUUUAAUAUUUUCUUUUAUUUUUGAUAUAUAUGGUCUUUAAUUCGUUGACUAUGCUAAGUUUUCCGGU